UAAAGCGGGGUGCAUCGCUACUGUUGGCCCACUACACUACCCGCAGUCCCGCGUGGCUGUAGAAAUUACGAGAUUGGUGUCGUCACAAUGUGCUGGAUACGUUUACAAUAGACAGAGUUUUGAAAUGGCUACUUUAUCGACUUUGCUUUCUUCUGUUUCAUCCGGCAUCCGAAGUGGAAUCGCGGCUCCAAAUCUUGGGCAAUGUAUCGAAGAAUUGGUGGUGAACAGCUUGGAUGCCUAUGCUACCGAUAUAUCUGUGGAAUAUGAUUCUGUUCGUCUUGAUUUCAAAGUUACUGACAACGGUCAUGGAUUCUCUGAAGACAACUUGAGGAAAGCAGGAAUUCGUUAUUCCACUAGCAAGUGCUCCACUAGAAUCGAUAUUGAUGAAAAUCUACAUUUCUACGGAUUUCGAGGGGAGGCGCUCGCUAGUAUAGCGUACCUUUCAAAUAUAGUGGAGAUCACCAGUAGAGAAAGCGGCGCAAAUAAAAAGUUUUACAAAAUUGUUGAACAGGGGAAAAAUCAAGAAAUAAGAGUAUUGCCAUGUGAUAUUGGCUAUGCAAACGAAACUAGCGUUGCAGUGAAAGGACUUUAUAAAGAUUUGCCAGUCAGGAGAUAUGGGCUGAAUGUGGAGUUGGAAUCAGAAGCUAUCAGUGAGAGAAUAAAAAGAAUUUCAAUAACACAUCCUUCAACUUCUUUUGUGCUGAUAAACACUUCAAAACCAGGAUUCGAUUUCCGAGUCCCAAAACACAAAUCCUGUCUGUCAAGAUUUCAGUUUGUGUUCGGCCAUAUACCACCUAUUAAUUUUAUGAAUGAAAUUUCGUCUCACGAGCCGGAAUACCAAAUUUCGGGCGCGAUUAGCCGGCAUGGUUUUGAUAAUAAAAACCUACAGUUUGUCUUUGUAAACAGAAGACCUGUUUUAAAGACUAGGAUUCAUAAGGAAAUAAGUGAAAUAUUGAAAAAAUCUGAUAUAGGCAAUCGAAAAGAAGUAUCUACGGAAGUACAGAGGAAUAAUAUACAAAAGAUGAGGAAUUCGGAUUAUCCUGUUAAAAUUAUUACCAAAAGAACAUAUGGGAUUUAUUUUAUCAAUAUUAUGUGCUCUCACAGAAAAUAUGACAUUUCGUUUGAGCCAGAGAAAACCAUGAUCGAAUUUAAAAACUGGGACCAAGUGCUUGCAGUCGCACUAUCCACAAUCAUGCGAUUUUUGAAGGAAAAUAAUCUUUUACUCGCACUGCGAAAAGUAGAUAAAGAAGAAGAUUGCCAAAACAGAAAAUUGGAUGGAUCAUUGAAAUUGCCGCCUGUCGGAGAUAUAGUACCACACGAUGCCGCGGUUUUCAGCAAAAUGGCUCAAAAUAAGAAUACAAUCUCCUCUGCUUCUACCUCCAAGUUCUCUGUGGUUAAUAGGAGUAGUAAGCUAUCAGACAUCAGCAAUUCGAUUUUUAGUGAUCAAAAAAGCUCACAUGCUAUAGAGAACAAAUUAGUCAGUUCCAUCAUCACGAACCCCGAGGAUGUGUCGAUGAAGACAUUGAAAUCAAAUUGGAUUUCUAAAUACAAUGCGAAACUUGGAAGAAAUGUUUACAUAAAUGUGACAACGGGAAUGUCGACAGAAAAUAAUCCCAAACUUACAGAUGCUCCAGAGAUUACGUCCCUUGGAUUGGAAUACGAGUUCAAAAAUCGUGAACGGGAAUUUGCACCCAUUCCAAAGGAGGAACGCCCGAAGUUCGGUUGUUAUUUCAGAAAAUCGAACAAGAUUGAAAUAAGUCAUUGGGAAAACCCAGCUAUUCCUAUAAAAGCGAAGAUUUCAGAUCAUCUUGACAAACGUACAUUUUCAUCUUUAUUCUCAUCAUCUGAUAUUUCCAUGAAAUUUGAUAAAGAUAUAUUUCAAAGACUGCAAAUAAUCGGACAACUCGACAAUAAGUUCAUUGUUACACUUUUGUCUCCUGCUAAAACAGGCACAGAUGGUGAGACAGUUACAGAUAAUGAGAAAAGGACGAUUGUGUUAUUCGAUCAGCAUGCAGUACAUGAAAGAAUCCGUUUAGAGCGCUUAGAGAAAGAUAUACUAAGCAAUGAUGGCAUAAAGUCUGCCACACUGAAGAAUGAAAUAUCGAUACACAUGAGGGAAAGCGAAUGCACACUCAUGGAAGCCUGGAAAAAUAAAUUUGCUAAAAUUGGCUUACAAUAUCGGAUGGAAGACAAUUGCAACAGAGACGACACAGUUUUUCGUAUUACGGCAGUACCUGCGCCCCUGCUUACCAAAGUAGAGAGGUUCCACAAAGAAAAUGAAAAGCAAGCGGAACUUUCUAUUACGAUACAGCGUCUCAUCCGAGAACAACUCCAGGUUCUACGUGAAACUAGCGGAGCAUCAUAUUCAAUACCAAAAUGUAUAUUUGACAUUCUUUGCUCUCAAGCAUGUCAUGGGGCGAUUCGAUUUGGUGAUCGACUAAGUUUGUCACAAUGCGAAGAAUUAUUAAAAUUUUUAUCCGCGUGUCAACUUCCAUUUCAAUGUGCUCAUGGAAGACCAACUCUCACUCCUAUUUGUUUUCAAACUUCUAUAAUGCGAAAUCGAUGUUCGAAACCCAACCUACAACGGCUUAAGAAAAUUUUCAAAUGAUAUGAUUGUGACGCCAAAUUGAAGAAAUAGAUAGAUGUAUUGUUAUCGGGGAAUGUUUUCUGAAUUCAUGUGGGCUUUUGAGUCCAGCAUAAUCUCUAUACUAAAAUAGAUCAUACUGUGAUAUGUACUUGGAUAUUUUAGGUAUUAAACUUUUUUUUUAUAUUAGUUUGUUGUAUUUUGAAUAAAAUAUACUUCA